AUGUACUGUUGAUGACCGGGUGACACGGGUAGCGUGGUUGAACCGCAGCACCAUCCUGUACGCUGGCAAUGACAAGUGGUCUAUAGACAACCGCGUGGUCAUCCUCUCCAACACCAAGACCCAGUACAGCAUCAAGAUACACAACGUGGAUGUCUACGAUGAAGGUCCCUACACCUGCUCCGUGCAGACAGACAAUCACCCCAAGACUUCACGUGUCCAUCUCAUCGUGCAAGUUCCCCCCCAGAUUGUGAACAUCUCAUCAGACAUCACCGUCAAUGAGGGCAGCAGCGUCACCCUCAUGUGCCUGGCUUUUGGGAGACCGGAGCCCACCGUCACGUGGCGGCACCUCUCCGGGAAAGGGCAGGGCUUUGUCAGUGAGGACGAGUACCUGGAGAUCACGGGCAUCACUCGGGAGCAGUCUGGGGAGUACGAGUGCAGCGCCGUCAACGACGUGGCCGUCCCGGACGUGAGGAAAGUCAAAGUCACCGUCAACUACCCACCAUACAUCUCCAACGCCAAGAACACGGGCGCCUCGGUGGGCCAGAAGGGCAUCCUGCAGUGCGAGGCCUCGGCCGUUCCCGUGGCGGAGUUUCAGUGGUUCAAGGAGGACACCAGGUUAGCCAAUGGGCUGGAAGGUGUGCGGAUCGAGAGCAAGGGCCGCCUGUCCACGCUGACCUUCUUCAACGUCUCAGAGAAGGACUAUGGCAACUACACGUGUGUGGCCACGAACAAGCUGGGCAACACCAAUGCCAGCAUCAUCCUGUAUGGCCCUGGAGCGGUGCAUGACGGCGGCAAUGCGGCGUCCCGGGCGGGCGCCGGGCUCUGCCUUUGGGCCACCCUCCUUGCUCGUCUCCUCCUCGACUUUUGAUAAGGGAGCGGAGGGUCCCGGGAGGCCCCCGCUGCCCCCAACGGCACCCGGGGACUCGUCUCCAUGGGGCGGGC